UCCGGCUUCGCAUAUACAGCUACUCUGAGCCUUCCAGGUUAAUUGACUCCAUCUCUGUCUUCUUUGUUCAGCUCUGACUUUCCCUGUAUCUUCAACGGAGAAAUGUGGGUUUAAAUUCCGCCACCACCCUACACUACUUCCGUAAUCCCUGCAGGCUUCCUGUUGCCAUGGCGACUGUGUACACAGCCAGUCGGCUAGCUGUCCUGGUUGCGUGCAGAGCUCCCUCCAGUUGCUGCAGUUCUAGCGGUCGCUCUACCCGAGUGCCACUGCGAGCUAAAAUGGGUACUAGGAAAAAGGUUCAAGCAUUUGUUCGAGUCAGGCCUACUGAUGACUUUGCUCAUGAAAUGAUCAAAUAUGGAGAAGACAACAAAAGCAUUGAUAUUCACUUGAAGAAAGACACUCGGAGAGGAGUUGUCAAUAACCAGCAGACAGACUGGUCCUUCAGGCUGGAUGGAGUGCUUCACGAUGCCUCCCAGGACUUGGUGUAUGAAACUGUUGCCAAGGAUGCGGUUUCUCAAGCCCUUGAUGGAUACAAUGGUACCAUCAUGUGUUAUGGGCAGACAGGAGCUGGCAAGACAUACACCAUGACAGGGGCAACGGAGAAUUACAAGCACCGGGGAAUUCUCCCUCGUGCCCUGCAGCAGGUGUUCAGGAUGAUUGAAGAGCGUCCCACGCACGCCAUCACAGUCCGUGUUUCCUACCUGGAAAUCUACAAUGAGAACCUGUUCGAUCUCCUGUCCACUCUGCCCUACGUGGGACCCUCAGUCACACCAAUGACCAUUGUGGAAAACCCUCAAGGGAUCUUCAUUAAAGGCUUGUCAGUGCAUCUCACCAGUCAAGAGGAAGACGCCUUCAGCCUCCUCUUUGAGGGAGAGACCAACAGGAUCAUUGCCUCCCACACGAUGAACAAGAACUCAUCCAGGUCACACUGCAUUUUCACCAUCUACAUGGAGGCCCAUUCUCGGACCUUAUCAGAUGAAAAGUAUAUCACUUCCAAAAUCAACCUGGUAGAUCUGGCAGGCUCAGAGAGGCUCAGCAAGACUGGGUCUGAAGGUAGAGUCCUAAAGGAAGCCACCUACAUCAACAAGUCGCUGUCAUUCCUGGAGCAGGCCAUCAUUGCCCUUGGGGACCAGAGUCGGGACCACAUCCCUUUCCGGCAGAGCAAGCUCACCCAUGCCCUGAAAGACUCCUUAGGGGGAAACUGCAAUAUGGUCCUCGUGACAAACAUCUAUGGAGAAGCUACCCAGUUAGAUGAAACGCUGUCUUCAUUGAGGUUUGCCAGCAGGAUGAGGCUGGUCACCACUGAACCUGCCAUCAAUGAGAAGUAUGAUGCUGAGAGAAUGGUCAAGAAUUUGGAGAAGGAACUGGCAUUGCUUAAGCAGGAACUGGCCAUCCAUGACAGUCUGUCCAACCGCACCCUCGUGAAUUAUGACCCCAUGGAUGAAAUUCAGAUUGCUGAGAUCAACUCUCAAGUACGGAGGUACCUGGAGGGGACGCUGGAUGAGAUUGACAUAAUCAAUCUAAGGCAGAUUCAGGAGGUAUUCAACCAGUUCAGGGUGGUUCUGAGCCAACAGGAGCAGGAAGUAGAGUCUGCCUUGCGCAGGAAGUACACUCUCAUAGACAAAAAUGAUUUUGCAGCCAUUUCUGCUGUCCAGAAGGUGGGGCUUAUGGAUGUUGAAGGUAACCUAGUGGGUGAGCCUGAUGGACAAAGCUUUGGACUUGGGGUUGCUCCUUUUUCUGUCAAACCUGGGAAGAAACCUAAGAUCAAGAAGACACCGAAGGACCAGUUCAGCUCCUCAGCAAGAAAGGAAGGUGCCAGUAGCCCUGUGAGUGGCAAGGAUUUUGAUAUGGCUUCCAUCUCCAAGACCCAGCUGAUCCCAUCUUCCAAAGAUGGGGAUAUGAAAGACAUGCUUGCACGAGAGAGGGAAACUUCCAGCAUUGAACCCCUUAUCUCAGACUCUCCAAAGGAAGAAUUACGUGUACCCAGACCCAGCACCCCACCCUCUAGGACUGUGGCCUUUGAAGAGUUUAAGAAUGAAAGAGGUAGUGAGAUCAACCGCAUCUUCAAAGAAAACAAAUCCAUCUUAAAUGAACGGAAGAAAAGGGCCAGCGAGACAACCCAGCGCAUCAACGCCAUCAAGCAGGAGAUUGAUGAGACCAAAGAUGCACUCAAUUUCCAGAAAUCACUGCGGGAGAAGCAAGGAGAGUACGAGAACAAAGGCCUGAUGAUCAUCGAUGAGGAGGAAUUUCUGUUGAUCCUGAAGCUCAAAGACCUGAAGAAGCAGUAUCGAAAUGAGUACCAGGAACUUAGAGACCUCCGGGCUGAGAUCCAGUACUGCCAGCGCCUGGUGGAUCAGUGUCGCCAUCGCCUGCUCAUGGAAUUUGACAUCUGGUACAAUGAGUCUUUCAUGAUCCCAGAGGACAUUCAGGUAGCACUGAAGCUCGGCAGCAGCAUCCGGCCAGGCUUGGUGCCUAUCAGCAGGAUUGUGUGUCUGGGAGAAGAUGAUCAGGACAGGUUCAGCCAUCUGCAGCAGACUGUCCUGCCUGAGGGUCCUGAUUCCAUCACCUUCUACAAUGCCAAAGUCAAGACAGACCAGAAGGGUUAUGGUAGCAUCAGAAGAGCAUGGUGGAGAGCUGCUUGUAUCAUCAACGCGCUCAAUCUGAGAAGGACUGGGGUGGAUCAAGGAUAUGAUAAACCUAUCAGGCCAUAACCCCACUGACCUACAUCCUCCAACCUGCUCCUACCUCUUGCGUCCCACCACCUUCCAAAAACGCUAUCAAGUUAUGAAUCCACUGGUGGAUAAAUCCAUUGAUUAGCUCUCACUUUCCUAUUACCUCUUAAUGAUCAGAUCUACCCAUGGAGACUAAGCUUGCAAGCACAGGAACCUAUAUGCUUUAAGGUAUAUAGUAUAUAAAGUACUUCAUAUCCAAACUAUUGUUGGGGUAUAUUGUGUGAAGGUUGUCUUUGUAUUUUUCGAUUGUUAAUUCUGUAACAGCAAAGCUGAACUUUGAUAUUGUUAUUCUUAUGGCUCAUCACCUGCCACAGUAUUUUGUAAACAUACACCUUCCUCACUUCCUGAUUGGUUUAAUAAAGAUCUGAUGGCCAAAAGCUGGGCAGGAAAGGGAAGUCAGGACUUCUCUGGACUUAGAGGAUCUCUGGGAAAAGAGUCAUGGACAGUUGGGUUAGUUAAGUUAGAUGAGCUAGCUGGGAGGUAGCCUAAGCUAUAAUAAAAUUAAUAAGUCUCUGUGUCAUUAUUCGUCCACUGGUGGGUCCAAGAAAGUCCAACAAUAAACUGUAACAUCUUUUCUCCUUUG